AUGGCGGCCAAAAGGGGCCUUCUUGCGAUUCCUACCGAACUUCACAUUGAAAUUCUUGCAAAUCUUACACUAGCUGACCAGCUCCGAGCUAGUCAAGCAAUCGAUAUAUGGUUUAGGCUUCUGAACGAUGGGACACUGAAAAAAACGAGGUACGCCACUAUUGCACCAGGAAUACGGGGCUUUCAUCAGUUAGUGUCCCACCCCGGUGCUCUUAUCUGCACGGUCGUCGAAGGAAUUGUUCAAGAUUACCUCUAUAUCUGCGACGAGGAACGCCCUGCCGGGGAGUGUGAUCUCGUCUAUGAAGGCGAAAAACAAAAAAGAUAUCGCCGAGCACCGAGAUUCAGUAUCUCCAACCACCCGGUUCUCGACGAACCGAUUAUAUCGCAAACUAUGCUCGAGGAUAUAACCACUGGAAAGCAGCCGGGAUCGGAAAGACAACCGCACUAUGGACUUGAACGAGACUAUUAUGGUUAUCGAGAAACAUUACAAGCACCAAGGACAUGGACAGCCACGGAUGGCAAAACGGUUAGAGAGUUUAUACAGACGAUUGCAAAGGUUGCCCAUGAUAAUAGCCCCGAGUGGAGUUUUCGAGAACCCUCAAGACUCGACCGGAAAACAGAGAUAUUGUUCUGGCAUGGUUGGGAUGGAGAAGAUGAAGACUCAUUGGAGCCAAUUCUUGAUGGAAUCAUCUACUAUACACUUAAUGAGUCUUUGUAA